AUGCAUUUACUAACUGGAUUCAGAAAAGGUUAGUUUACCAAAUAGUAAAGAGCAUAAUUCAAGGCAGUCACAAGCGGAUAGCUAUAUUAUAGGCGAUUCAAGUUCGGUUUCGAGUAAAGAUGGAGGAAUAUCCACACCUACACCGGUAA